AGGGGAGUCGAAAUCUCAGUGGGUAAGCCGGAGUAGGGGGCAGAUUAUUACCAACGCUACUUUCGUUCCUAAAGAUUUUGUUAAGGGGAACAAAGUUAUAAUAUUGUCUCAAGUCAGUAGAAUGACACUGGCUAGGAGCUCUGGUACACUCUGUCAAUCAGCAGUUAAGAUAAGCAAGUGUAAUGAUUCAUUCAUCUACCUCUUAUCUCCAUUAAGAUCUGUGCUGAUAGAGAAGUGUCAGAGGUCGACGAUCAUUCUGGGGGCCGUCGAGACAUCUGUUGACGUCAACAAGUCCGAGCACAUCACUGUUAUCGCCGCCACCAGGAGGUUCAGUGCACAAGGCUGCAAGUCCUGUAACAUACACCUCCUGACACCAAACACGCCACUGCUCUUCAACACCAAUAGCAACAUCACCUUCGGGCCCUACCAUACCUUCUACCCCAACCUAGAAGAGCACAUGUAUGCGGCCGGGCUGGCUCCCCUGCCAAACCUCUGGGACCAACCUCACGUUUUAGGUAGUAGUGGUCUGGACGACGACAAGAUAUUUGAAAUUCAGAAACCUUCAGACUUUUUCACCUUCACGAUUCCAUUCCAAAUGGAGGGAAAAACGAAAGAAAUCCCAGUUGGGCUGCCAUCAAAGUACCAGAAAGCCUUGAACCAGAGGUUGCAGAAGGUUGAGGAUUGGCACAAGCUGAUGGGUGAGACUAGCAUGACUUCUGAUCAGAAAAAGUUACUACACCGAACCGUGCAAGCCAAAUUUCAAGAGUGGUUGCAGACGACAGGACAAGCAAGGUUGCUGCAGGAUUUGGUUGUUCCUCAACAGAAGGCUGAAGCUUCCUCCAGCCUACAAUCUCUCGAUAAAUUAUCUUUGGAUUGA